AAGAAAAGGCAAAACAGGAUUUGGAAUGCAUGGGAAUUUUCUCUCCUCCUCUUUUCUGUUGGGCUUGUCAUUGCACUUCCUCUGUCUACUCAUAAAACCCUUCCUCUUUGUUUCACAACACGGUUCAUUCAGUUCAGCUCAGGAUCUCUCCUGCCGUCUCCAUGCAGCAGGUUAUCAGUGUCUGGGUGCGAGACCCGCGGAUACAAAAGAAUGACUUCUGGCAUGCCUACAUGGACUAUGAGAUUUGUUUACAUACCAACAGUGUGUUCUUCACCAAGAAGACUUCAAGAGUGAGGAGGAGAUUCAGUGAGUUUGUGUGGCUCAGACAGAAAUUGCAGGAAAAUUCUCUCCUACUCUUACAGCUACCACACCUUCCACCCAAAAACCCCUUCUUCAGUCUGAACAACGCCCAGCAGGUUGCAGAUCGGAUGAAAGGACUCCAGAGGUUUUUGGAAAAAAUCCUCCAGAGCAAUCUGGUGUUAUCUGACAGCUGCCUGCACCUUUUCCUUCAGUCCCAGCUGAGCAUUUCCAAAAUGGAGGCUUGUGUUGCCGGAAAGACCAGCUUCACCGUGGCCCAGGCUGUGCAGAGCUGCGGCCUGAGGAGAUUUCACUCAGAAGAGGACCUGCAGAGGGACCUCAGCGUGUUCUGUGACUCUGACUCAGAUAGCUCAGAGUGCAGAGAUCCAGGGCACAAGACAAGAGAGUUGACAUUAAACAAGUCAAGGAGUGCAGCUACCCUUGAUCUGAGGGGAACCUGCCAAGAGGAGAUGCUCAGCUGAUCGCCUGGUUCUGUAUGAAAACUGAAAACUACUGGAUGAAAGUUCGAGUCUAUUUACUUGAUUCAUGUUCAUCUUUCUGGAUAUGAAAUCACUUUAAGAAAAGCAACUUGUUACCUUUCCCUGAACCAUUUUCACAUUUGUGUAAUUUGCAUUGUCCUAAUUGGAAAGCCAGUUUCACAAAAUCAGUAAUUAUUUUAAUUUCAGCUUCCAUUUGUGUGCUGUGUAAAUAUGGCUUGAUAACGUAUUCACACCACUAGAAUUUUUCACAGUGUCUUAUAGUAUAACGUCAGACAUAACAAUUGUUAUGUUGCAGACCGACAAAAACUGAACACUGGUUCUUAACAUUUUUUACAAAUAGAAAUGUGAGAUGAGUGAAGCGUGUGCUUAUAUUCAACCACGUUUCCUCUGAUACCCCUUGAUUAUUUUUUACAGCAGGAUGAAGUCAUAAAACCAAAUACAAAACAAAAUGCAUGGUGGAAAAAAGCAAACAAACACUAAAUAUAACAACAAACACAACAUCCCCAUCAUGAAAGAUGGUCAGAGUUGAAUGGAGAGAUGAAUAGCACUAAAUUCACAUCAAUACUGGAUGAAAAACUGGUAGAGGCUUGAGACUGAUGUAGAGGUUCACCUUACAGCAGGUCAUCAGCCCUAAACAUACUGUAUACCCACAGCAUUUUCAUGUGGCAAAAUGGCCCUGUCAAAGUACUAACCUAAAAAUAAUUGAGAAUCUGCUGCAGAAUUUGAAAAAGAAUGUUCAUAAACACUCUCCAUCCAUCUUGACUUUACUUAGCUAUUUUGGGGGAAAAAAUGGGUAAAAGUAUCAAUUUGUUAAUGUGCAAAGCUCAUUUUUCAGACUCCUAUUUCUGAAACAACUUAUUUUACUUCUGUGUGUCAACUAGAUUACUUAACUACAUCGCCGAAAGUGACAAAAUGUGUGAAAAAGUUUAGUCGGGGGUAUGAAUGCUUUUGUAAAAUUAUCCAUAAUGUUUUGUUGUAUUGUGAUAUUACGCUGUGUGCAUGGUAGAAAAUGUGUAGCAAUGUCGCGCCUGUGGGUGGCAGUGUUGUCACACUUUAUACAUUUAUCUCUCGGAAGCAUGUGCUGUAACUGUGUGUUGUAGCUUUAUAAAUUAAUUUUGACAGAA